AUGGUCCGUGUGUUCGGCGUCAAAAAAAAUCCAAAGUUCCUCCGCACCGUCCACGCCGCACUCCUCGACAAGCAGAACACCACAUCUCGCCAAUACACCCUCGGUCCUGAUGGCAAGCGCAUCUACACCUUGAAGAAGGUUGUUGAUGGCAAGGUCUCCAAGUCUGCCCACCCCGCCCGUUUCUCCCCCGAUGACAAGUACUCUCGUCACCGUGUCACCCUGAAGAAGCGCUACAACCUUCUCCUCACUCAGCAGCCUGGUAUCGUCAUCUCUCCGUCCCAUUCGGCGCGACAGCUACUAACGUCCGUCACAGAGAACUAA